GUCCGCCGGUAACCAGGCAGUCGGGGCUCAUCCUUCGCGAGUAACGUGUCGGAAGUCCACGCGCAGGCUCAGUUAUAUCGGCAGUACUGAUUAGAACAGUCCAUUGAAUCUUUAUCUUCGUCUUCGUCAUCGUCGUCGUGCGAAAGCAUCGAUUCCUGGUUUCUCUCGCUCUUCCGAAUAGCUUCGAAUAAGCUUCACGAGGUGAAGUGCGCUAGUUAGAAGGAGAUCGGUAUCGUCAUAUUUAAAGAAACGGUUACCAACUGCCCUUCUGGGUAACUGACCUUGUGCAACAGCACGAACGUUUAGAUCUUGAGAAGAGGACCAAUUUCGUGGCGAGUAAUUUACAGAUUGAAGUUUCCUUGCGGCUCGUAAGAGAGAAGUUAGAGAGAUACGCAUAUUUUGGAGCGCACGGGAUCAUUUCGGGGUUGUUUCGCACUCGUCGCAGAGAAUACUAGCCACAAGCAAAGAAGUCAGACAAGCCGGAGCCGGGUGGAGAUUAGACGGUCUUCCGAGCCUCACCGGAGUCCCCGAUUAUUAUUAUCAACGUCGUCAGGAAGGUCAAAUCCUAUCCCAGUACCACGAUCGUAUUAGUAGGCAUACGCCAGGCCGCCAGGCUAUUACGACGUCUGGUAGGCGCGAGUGAUUGGUCCUUCCGCACGGAUUUACCGAAACACCCCCAAAACGGCAACCCGUCGUCGUCGUGGUGCUACCGGGGCCCCGCCGUUAGCCGCGAGAGAUCGCGAGAAGGGAGCUUGGGGAGAUCGGCGGGAGGAUCGACCUGUUCGUACGCGACCAGGACCGGCCCCUGGUACGCCGCUUGCUGGCGGCCCAGUGAAAUGGAAGAGAAGUCCUCUGCCCGAUUCUCCGAAUAUCUGUUCGCCAAGAUGGGCGGGCAGGACGUCUCGGCCUCUCAGGGUCCCCGCAAGGUGACCGCCGACACCAGAAAGUGGAUGCGAGAAAAUCUGCUACUCAUGGUCACCCUAUCCGGCGUACUCUUCGGCAUAAUUCUCGGGUUUGGCUUGCGACCUUUGGACCUUGGGGACGAUGCGGUGAUGCUGAUCAGUUAUCCGGGAGAGCUCUUCAUGAGAUUGCUAAAGCUAAUGAUUUUACCUCUUGUAAUCGCCAGCCUCAUAUCAGGUUCAGCGAGCUUAAACGCUAGGAUGAACGGAAUGAUUGCCGUUCGGACUUUGGUAUACUUCAUACUGACGUCCUUAUUAAAUGCUGUACUUGGCGUGGCCCUAGUUCUCGUUAUUCAUCCCGGCAAUCCCGGCAUCAGGGAAUCGAUCGGGCCCUCGCAUCACGCGAGAGCCGUUAACAUAUUAGACAGCCUGCUCGACCUAGGAAGGAACAUGUUUCCGGACAAUUUGUUUCAAGCAGCUUUUCAACAAGCGCACACGGUGUACGUCCCGAAAAACCAACCCUUCCAGAACGUCACCGAUCCGUUACCAACGGCAGUCUUGAGAAAUGAGGAAUUGAUGAGAGUGGUACAGUACAGAAGUGGCACGAAUACUCUGGGAAUAGUUUUCUUUUGCUUGGUCUUUGGUACAUUCCUGGGGACGCUCGGUGAAAAAGGUCAAGUUGUCAUAGAUUUCUUCAAAGCUGUAUUCGAGGUUAUUAUGCGAAUGGUCUCAACCGUUAUGUGGAUGACACCAAUCGGCAUCACUUCCGUAAUAGCGGGCAAAAUACUUGGCGUGGACGACCUGGUACUGGUGAUGUCGCAGCUGGCGUGGUUUAUCGUCACGAUCGCGAUCGGUGUCUUUUUCUAUCAGCUAGUGAUCAUGCAGUUGAUAUAUGCGGCCUUCGUUAGAAAGAACCCCUUUAAAUUCUACGCCGGCCUGGCCCAGGGUACCCUCACCGCCUUCGCCAUGGCAUCAACGGCUGCCGCACUUCCUGUGACUUUUCGUCUGAUGACCGAGAAGCUCAGAGUCGACCCUAGAGUUACCAGAUUCGUUCUGCCGAUUGGUUGCAAUAUCAACAUGGAUGGUACCGCGCUCUUCGUCGCUGUUGCCAGCAUAUUCAUCGCUCAGAUGAAUGGUAUCUACCUAGGCUUCGGGGAGAUCAUUACCGUGAUUUUGACAUCCACCGCUGCUUCUGUUUCGUCGGCUUCGGUACCAAGCGCUGCGCUCGUUCUGCUGUUGGUCGUCCUGAGUGCCAUUGAUGCUCCUGUCAACGACGUUUCUCUUUUAUUCGCGAUCGACUGGUUUGUGGAUCGGAUAAGGACCACCAAUAAUAUGCUAGGAGACUGUUACGCUGCUGCGGUUGUCGAGCAGCUGUCGAAAAAAGAAUUGAUGGCACUGGAUGCAGCAGCCUACCAAUCGGAGACUGUGCUGCCAACUGCUAUCGCCAAUGGAUGUCUUACCGCCACCAGGGUACCUGAUCCUGAUACCGUCGUUGUCGAGAUGCAAGACGACGCACGGAUAACGGGGAUCGCCAAGUAAACACGCUUGUUGCUUCGGGAUGUUGCACAUGUCGAGAAGUGUGACAGAAGAGACCGUUUGACUAACGGUUAGCCCCGCGAAAUAAUUUAGCGUCGCAAAAUCUCAUCAGCAAGUAAAUCGACUCUACCAUCUGUCUAAGUUGUUCAACGAUAUCAAAAAUACGUACUCUGCGCCAAAGGCGUAUUUAGUUCCUCUAUUUCUAUUUACUUUAAACAAUAUUCAUAAAAUUUAUAAAGAUAUUCCGCGAAGAGUUCUACAUGAAAGCUUUCGCGGGAUAUGCGAUCGUCAGUGAAGACACAGAAUAUUCAACAGUCAAUAAGUAAGGAGCAUGUAUUACGUGUAAUGCAGGCACAGCAAUAAGAAUUGAUUUACGUACUCUGAAAGUACGAUCGAGGCUUCCAAAGACUCGAAGACAUUUUUGUCAAUCGCUAUGACGGUAAUAUCUACGCUCGAUGUUGCACAGGCAGAAAGUCGGAAUACAAGUCGUUUAACGACCCCCCGAAGGGAUUAGGCUGAAUUGGUAAGACAUUAAUCCAACACAUUCGAAUAAACUAUAGGUAACGAUCGUAGAUUAAAAGAUUCAUCCCUAGCGAGAACCCCGGAGAUAAUCGACUUGAAUCUCCAUCAAAGAACCGGUGAUCGUUUCUACGGUCGAUCGUAUAAACAAUGUCGAAUGUGGUGCCUUAUUUCGAUGCGCCAAUCAGGCAGGCGCGAUGAAAGUAAAAUGUCGCCUGAGUUCUUCUUUUCCUUUUUUUGGAAUAUACUCUCACACGAACGUGUAAGUGUAAAUGUCGAUUCCAAACCUGACGCUUCUCGAUGUAACGUAGAACAUCCUAGCUCCGUAAAUCCGGAGACUGAGCAUGACUGUCAUCAGUGACGCGACAAAUAUGUAGCUUUCUAUCGAAAGAAAUAAAGACAUUUUUUACGGUAUUCGAAAAGGGAGCUCGAUGUGAUAACUGUUAGGUAGCUAUGUGCAUACUACACAUAUCUAGGAUAAAACAAAUACGUUUUAAUUGCCCUACAAUGUUAUUACUAGAAUACAGUUUAGGCUACAUUUAAAAAAACUCGCUCGUUUCGCGUGUUGCGUGUCGAUUACGUCACUGAUCACAAUCCGAAUUAGGGGACAGGAGGAGAAAAAAAAUUGCAACAAUAUACGUGUUCAGCGGAGAUCAAUCCAGACUCCACGCUGAAGAUACUACAAAGAAGACUUAAGAGUUCCAGAUAAAAUAAAUUUUAAAUAAGUUUUAAGUCAUAUCGGAUCUAAUUAUCGGACCAUUAAUUAACUGAUGUAUAGAACCUUCUUAUGUGUUCGCUUUUGAAAGACGAGUGUUUUUGCGAAAGAGUGCUUGUCGAGACAGAAGUUGGAAUACUGGACGUGUAUUUUGUUAAAAUCGGAGAUAACGCUUUAUACCAUUUCAAAGCUCCGUCUCAAAUAUUCUCUCUUUUAUAUGAAAGCAAAAGAUAUUGGAAACUUUCGAUAACGUUGAUUUGUUAUUAAUUACAGUUAUGGACACGUCCAAGAUUCUAUCUCGUUGCACUCUUUUUAGUGCUCCCUGCCGUAGAGUAACAUACCUUCCAAUAUGAUGUUGUCCAGAUUGUAGCUUAGAAUAAACAAGUUCGUGUUUUUUCGAAAGAUCACGUGGAGACUACGUGGAAGAUCAUACUAAUUCUUUCUAUGAAUGACAAAGAGAACGAAACAUUUUAAUAGCGCAGCUCAUUGUCGAGCGCCAAUAAGACUGGAUAUACCAUAUGAUAAUACCGUUUUGCUAGACGUAAUAAUGGGUAAACGAUUCCUACAUGGUUUCGCUAAUACUAGGCACUAGAUAGGUAUAGGUCGAUACGUGUUUCAUCGUAGAGACUGUUUAAAUGUACAAACUGUUCGAGUACAUAGCAUUAUUUUAGUAAUUAAUUAAUAUUCAUUCCGUAUUGCAAUUUAUUAUUCAGAUCUUUUGAAAAUUAAUUUCUUUGAAAUAAAUAAUAUGAUUUCAUGUGUGCGGAUUUACGAAGAGGCUCAAUUUCUGUUGUUAAAGAUGGGUCAACUGAAAAGUAAGUGCAAAAUGGGAUUCUUGUAAUUUGAAUAUUCAAUGCGAGUAUUCCAUAAAAAUACUUAGACAUUAAACAUUAUAAAUGGUAUUUAUAUUCUGCCAUGAAACAUCAAAAUGGCAUUGAAAUAGAUAAUAAGAAUAAGUUAGAGAAGGUUUUUAAAAUAGAUUAGACUAAUUUGUGUAGUUAAAAAUAGAAAAGAUUGCGAUUAAUAAUUAAUAAGUUAUUUUAUAAAUUAUGCUGACAUGUUAAUUUUAUUACAAUUUAUUUUCAUUUCGCUUAAAAUAUCUUGUGAUUUUUUUCAAUUGAUAUAUCGGGUGCUCCUGUUACUCAGCGCGUUUUAUGCUCGAGCAUUAAAAUAAAUACAAUAGUGGCUAGAGGAAUAAAACGAGCGGAGGAAACAUGGAAUAAACUUAUCAAAAUAAUCCAAAGAAUACGUGUAUACUUGUAAGGCUCAACGUGUUGUAUAACAAAAAGCAGAUUUAUACGUGGAAA